AUGAUUGAACCAUAAAGAAAUGUAGAAAAUGCACUUUUUGAUGAUUUUAGAAUGUCAAGAAUGGUAUCUAUGCUUCAGCCAUUAGGAAAGAGGCGUAGGCUCAAAAAAGUGAAAUAUUUGUGUCUUAAUUCAGACUUUAUGACUACAUAAAUUAUUGAAGACAUUAAUAAUAUUGAAUUUAUUACGAUUGACACAAAUUCUGUAGAAUACAGAUAAAUGAUUCAAACCCGCAGUAAAAAAUCAAACAGAGUGAAGCAAAAUGUUUAAAAAAUAUCAAAAGUGUUUGGUUAUUGUGAAAUUUCUAGCAGAAUUUCUUAGAAUGAAAAUGUUUCUAUCUCUACUUCUUAAUAUUAUUUAGAUGUCUAAAAUGAAAGCAAGCCAUUAGAAGUUAUAAAUAAUUUUUUUAUGUAAAACUCAGAAAAUGAGGCUGAUGGGUUUGUAAUUUACUUUAGCGGCGUAAUAACUAAAGGAGUACCUUGCAUGGGUUUUUAAAUAAAAGAAAAAGUUUAUGUUAUAACUAUCCAUCACAUAAUCAAAGCAUGGAAAAGAUUUUUAAAAGGGUUCAAACACAAAAAAUAGUUACUUUUAAUUAUUGAAUCACCUUAAGCAGCAUAGUUUUUAGAUUCAAUUUAAAAAUGCAAAUCUCAUAUGCAUCACUAUAAUAUCAGCUUUUUAAUAAGCGACAAAGAAAAGAGACUAAAUAGUGAGUUUGAUCAUUCUUUUUAAGGUUAGAACACAAUUCCUUCAAACUCUAAUUAUAGAUAAGAUGAAGUUUGGAAAAUCAAUGAUUAUGCUUAGUGCUCAGGGUUUACAGCUGCUCUCUGUGAAUAUCUACUCAACUCUCCUCCUGAGAGAAUAAAACAACUUUAUUAAUUGAAAGAAAAAUUCUACUCUAAUAGAUAUAAUGUUCAGCCUGGAUUUUUCGGUUAUUCUAUGAAGAGCUACUUAGACUUUGGGUGGUUUUUGGAUAUUAAUUAUGAUAAAAUAUACUAACAGAGUUGUAUUAACUAUUUUGGCAUAAAUUAAAGAGACUACUCCUAGAGUAUGGAACAAAUUUCAAAAUAGCAAGACAAUAUUGUUUACUAAGGAUUUGAUUACACUGGCUUCAUAAAAGACGAAACUACAAAAAAUCUCUUAUCAGACCCGUAGCUAAUAGAAAAAGAGAAAAAACAAGGUAGCUUAUCUAGUUUACUAAGUCUCAACAGUAUAGACUAAGAUUAAUUGUAAUUUAAUCUGCAACACUAAAAUUCAGAUUAUUUUUAAAGUAAUACAUUUCCUGCAACAAAUGAUUAAAACAAAAUAUCUAGAUUUUUAAAUGGAUUUUAGAUUUACUCUAAUGUAGUAAAAUAUAUUGGGCAGUGGCUAAAUAACAAGUAACAUGGAGUUGGAAUUGCAUUGUAUGAGAAUGGAACCAGAUACGAAGGAGAGUUUGUUGAUGGUAAGCAGUAAGGUUCUGGUUAUUUGUAUAACUACUAAAGAUAAAAUAUAUACGCUGGCUAAUUUUACAAAGAUAUGUUUUUUGGAAAGGGUCUAGUUAUUUGGUUGACUCGAGACACAAGAGUAGGAUUUCUUGGGAAUUUUAAUGAUAAAUAAGGAACUGGCGUUCUCAUUGAAUUAAGUGAAUUUGGUGAAACUUUAAGAGAAAAAAAAGGCAUUAUUUCAGAUAGGGAGGAAUUUAAAAAUAAUUUUUAAGAUCAUGAAGAAAUCUUGGAAAUUCCUGAAGAGAAUGAAUCUAUGUUCAGCUCUGUCAAAGACCCGAGCUGGUAUGAAGUUUUUUAUAAAGAGAAUCGUAUUGAUUAUAAAUGCUCUUUCAAAAAAUAAUUUGAAGAGCAUCAAAAGAAAAAAGAAAAAAGAAAAUAAAAAGCAGAAGAAGUUAUUAAACUGCUUUUUUUUAAAAAUAAUCAAUAAAAUAAUGAAAUACCUAAUUCUCCUAUUUCUCCUUAGACUUAACAAAAUGUUAAUCAACCAAUUGUAAUCUCAGACGUGGCUGAACUUCCUUAGUAUGAAGAACUGAAGAAAGAUUUAAACGAAUUGAAUCCAGAUUUAGAUAACGAAAAUAUUAAGGCUGAUGAUGUUGAGUUUUUAGUAAAGCAUGCAGUUUGCAAAGUAGAAAUGAAAAAAGAGGAGAUUGAAGAGAAAAAUCAGAAGACAGAAGAAAUUGAACAAAAUUUAAAUUCACUCUUUUAAGAUUUUGAUAAUAUUAAAUUAACAGCUGAGCAAACACCAUUAUCAAGAACAAUUACUACUUAAGUUACAUCAUUCAGUUAAGCUGAUUAAGAAUAAAAUCAAGCUGUUAAUUUAAACUAAAAUAAUAAUUAAUAACAGUAGUAACCACAGUUAACAAAUCAGCACUCUGAAUAAAAUAAAAAACUUUCUUCUUUGAUACCUUUGAUUGCUAUGAAAUAAGUUUAUUAGCAACAAGGAGUAAAAGUAUUUGUGUCUGAUUAAAAGAUAGAACAAGAUGUUACUCAAUAAUAUAAAUAAAGUUAGCUUCAAAUAGGUCAAACUUCGAAUACCUCAUAUAUGAAACUAAAAAUAUAGGAUAAUGAAAAAAUUAACUUUGACAAUUCAAUUUUAAGCGAUCAGAAGGAAGAGUUUAUUAAAUAAUUAAAAGAAAAUCUUGCCAAAGCUCAUGGAUGCGAAGCAAAAUAAAUAGUUAUUGUUGCUUUAAAUAAAGGUUCUAUAGAGGCUGAAUAUAAAUUUAAAGAUGAAAAUGCUUGUACUAAAAAUAAAAUGUAAGCUAUGGAGUAUUUAAGAAAUGAAUGCAAUUAUAAAGGUGCUAACUUAGAAAUGCAAAACCUGCUAGAUAUGGCUACUCUAACACCAGAGGAUAUUUAUCAACCUUUUAAUAGUGAGUGGAAUGUUAAAAAAUUAGCUUACAGAGGUUUCAUUAAGUUCCAUCAUAACAAUUAAUAUUAAAAAUUUCGUUAUAACCUUCCAGUAGGAUGGAAAGGUUUUGGUUUAAAUAUUUUUAAAUAUAAUGAUAGAGAUUGGUUAGGAAAUUUUGGAAACAGAAAAGAUUAUGAUGAGAAAAAGUAAUGGAUUCCGCUUUAUCACGGUACUAAUAUCCAUGCUAUAAAAGGUAUAAAAAAGGAUGGAUUUAAGUCAGGCUCUCAUCACAAAUAUGCUGGUGCUACAUGUAGAAUUACUGGAAAAAUCAUAGAUAAGAGUAGUAAUUGUGUUUAUUUAACUGAUAAUGCAGACAUAGCAGGAUCAUAUUCAACACCGUUUGAGAUUGGUGGAUAAGCCUUUAAGAUGGUAUUUUAAUGCAGAGUCAAUCCAGAAAAAGUUAAAAGUCCAAAAGAUAAACCUGAUUAUUACAUUGUAGAAGAAGAUGAUAAGCCCCAAUUAAAUAUUAGACCUUAUCGUAUUCUUUUGAAGAAAUUAACUGAAGAAGAAUAUAAUGAAUUUAAGAAACUAUAAUAAGAAGUACAAAAUAAUUAAACUGAUGGUGAUAAAGAUCAAUAGUUAAAAGAUUAAAUUAUGUAUUAAGCAGAAGAAAUUGGGAAUAGAGAUUAAAUAGAACAUUAAUAAUGCAGUAGUGAAAGUGAUGAUUCAGAGAAUAAAUCAAACUAGGAUAAAUCUGAGUGA